UGUGCAGGCCACCUCAAUAUCCACUCCUAGGGAUAUACUCGAGGUUGAGGGACCCCAGUCGAAGGGGCCGAAGAAUCAAUAGGUCAAGUCAUAUUUAUGUGUAUUUAUGUGUUUGACACACAAAAGAAUCCAAGAGCUGACUCUCUUUUGCAUGCUAAGAUCAAUCCAAGGCCAUGACAAUGCCAAGAACAACCACCUAGUGACUUCUCUAUUGCUCAGUUCCGGUUUCUGGAGCGACUACUUGUCGUCCAUGGGCACUGGUGCUAUAAGAGGAUUACAAAAAUGUGAUUUUAUUGUGAGUAGGCGACUCAUGAGCACCUACAAUGAUUGGUAUUCCAAAUUCCAAACUCAACCUGCUGCAAUCAGCAUUUUGGAUAUUUUUGUUGAAUAUGGGAAUGAGGGAAGCAUUGUACUGCUCCAAGCCUGCUUAGAUCAAGUGAAAUUUCAGAGCGAAGACUUUCAGUCAAAGCUAGAUCUUCCAUCACCUAUCUUUAGAUACUUUUUGGGUAGACCAAAUUUCGCCACAGUUUUCUGUGAAGCACUGAGAAGUAAAGUGAUGAGUGGAGGAUUUCUAGGUCUCUCCAAGCAAUUGCAUUUGUCUACACCCGAGAAAAUUGCUGUUGGUCUUGCUCUGUCAAAUUCAGGAAAUACGGAUUUCAGAAUCAGAGGUAAGUUGAGUUGAUUCUUAUACUGUUUU